CGACAGCAACCGAUGAAGUAGAAGCAAAAGAGUAUAAAGAAGCGUUGGCUUGGUGGGCUGAUAAUUCAGCUAAACCGGCUGGCGUUAUUGUCCAGGUAGCUGAAUUAGACGACAUUGUCAAAACAAUUAACUUUGUACGCACCCACAAUCUUGAUCUUGCAAUUCGCGCCGGCGGUCAUUCAACGUCCGGUGCAUCUUCAACAAACGGUGGUCUUCUUCUCGACUUGAAGAAAUUAAAUAAAGUACGUGUAGACACGGAAAACAAGCUCGUCUAUGCACAAGCUGGAGCAUUAGGAAAAGAUGUUGAUAAUGCAGCAUGGCAACAUGGGCUAGCGUGUGUCUGUGGCGGCGUUGAUGAUACUGGCAUUGGUGGUUUGACUCUUGGUGGUGGUUUUGGAUAUUUGACUGGUCGCUAUGGUCUUAUGAUUGACAAUCUUGUAAGCGCAACAAUAGUACUUGCAGACGGCUCAGUGAAACAUGUCUCUUCGACUUCAAAUCCCGAUUUAUUUUGGGGAAUACGUGGUGGCUGUAGUAAUUUCGGCGUGGUGUAUGAAUUCGUUUAUAAAGCGCAUGACCAAAAAAAUCAAGUUUAUGCAGGUUUGUUGGGAUUUGAAGCAGAGAAAUUGGAAAGUGUUGUCGAAGCGUUUAAUGAUUGGUUUGGGAGAAGAGGAGAGGAUGAUACUGUGAUGAUGGCAAUCGGACGUCUUCCUCCUGAAUACAAACCUGUCAUUAUGUGUGUAGUAUUCAGCAACUCAGAUUCCGAAGAAUUAUAUCUCCAGCGUUUCGAGCCGCUUCUUCGUCUCUCACCAUUUAUAAAUCAAGUUGCUCUUAUGCCAUAUCCAGUUGUCAAUACGCUUUGUAAUAGUUUUACACCACAUGGUGGUCGUAAAGCAUUCAAAUCCGUAUUAUUGUCUCAAAUCAAUUAUCCUGUCGUCUUAAAUGUCUAUAAAAGCUUUGUUUCUUUCACUGAUGCCCAUCCAGAUGCUCGAGAAACAAUAAUAGCAUUUGAAUGCCAUGAUGGACGAAAAGUAGCAACAGUUAAACGAGAAGAUACAGCAUUCGGACAUCGACAUAACUUUUUUAAUAUUAAUAUCGGGCAAAAAUGGAAUAAUCCUGAGAAUGAUGCGCGCGUUUACGAAUGGGCUAAUUCGGCCGCUAAUGAAUUUAAAAAAGACUGUGAGGUUCCUGGAUCGAGUUAUGCGAAUUUUAACAAUUCGUUUGAUGAGUUGCAAGAAGGAACUAUUGAGGAAAGAGAUAAAAGAGCAAGGAAA